CCGGAGACUCCCGGGCGCCUUCCUGCCCAAGGGGACAUCGCCGGCUCCAGCCCCCGCUGGAGCGGCUGGAGGAGAUGCUGGCCUGUGCGGAGAUGCUGGCAAUGUGCCUGCUGUCUGCCAAGCCCGCCCCCCGCCCCUGCGCCGGGCAACCCCCGCAGCCCCGCGGCCAGGGGCUCGCCCUCUUCCACGAUGUUUUUCGACGAGCCAACAAGAACGAUGACGGCAAGCUGUCAUUUGAAGAGUUUAAGAACUAUUUUGCUGAUGGUAUUUUAAGCUCAGAGGAGCUGUGGGAGCUGUUCAGUGGAAUUGACAGGCAUCAUUCAGACAACUUAGAGACGGAGAAGUUGUGUGAUUAUUUCUCGGAACACCUGGGAGAAUACAGGCAUGUGCUUUCUGCUCUGGAAGCACUGAACACUGCUGUCCUGGCUGCCAUGGACAAAACCAAACUGGAGUAUGAGAGUUCCUCCAAGAUGGAGCAGUUUGUGACCCGCUUCCUGCUACGGGAGACCAGGACCCAGCUGCAGACCCUGCAGGCCUCGCUGGAGUGCGCCUCGGACACGAUCGAAGAGCAGGCCGGGUUGGAGAGGAAAGACUUGAAGAAAUCUGAAGUCUUCAUUGGCCCAAGAUCUGGCAGGAGAUGUGGGCGCAGAGCUCAGAAGACCGUCUGCUUGUCUCCAACGGAUCCCUAUUCCGGGAUGCUUACUACAGGGGUUUGUGUCGAAGCUGACAGCCAGUGGGUGGCUCAGAUUAACAGGCUACAGCAGCUCAUUGACAAACUGGAAUGCAAGAGCCCAAGGCUGGAGCCUCUAAAAGAAGAAGUUGUUUGCAAAGGGAGAAACGCUCACAUCCUGGUGGCUCAGAGACAGCUGUCGGUGACAGAGAGCGGCUUAGAGGGAUUCCACCAGGCACUCCAAUCCUACACAGAGGUCACAGCUGGUCAGAGCCGCUGCUUACACGUGUCUUCCCGCAAGCUGACGAGCGAGGCCUGCUUCAUUCUCUAUGAGUUCUGGCAGGACGUGACUUCGUGGAGAAGUCACUUACAGUCCAACUGCAGCAAGACGUUCCAGUGGGCCAUCAUUGACUUGCUGGAGUCUCCAGAGCUUGUGACCACCAUGCUCUUCCCAGCCUCCUGGUGGAUUGUGAAUAAUAAUUGAUCCUCUGCUGCCCUCUCCAAAAAGCAGCCGGCGCGCGGACGGACGAGGAAUCCUCACUCCCAGACCCCUGGCUCUCCCUCCCCAGUGUGUCUGCAGCCUCCCGUCAUUGUCGCUUCUACAGUCCUGUCUGCUCCCUCCUCUGGCUGCACCAGGCUGUCCCUCCUGGGAGUAUUUUAUCCCUCUCCCCUCACAAUGUGACUUUCCACAGUGAUGUCACAUUGCUGCCAGCCAAUCAGCCUUUCCAGUUAUGACGCUCCGCCCCUGAAUGUACCAUCUUCGAAGAAUGCACAACCACGCCCAUGUGAGUGGAUAAAGAAGCGGCUACCAUGAUACUUGAUGUCGGGCUGGCCUGAAGUCCAGUGUCAUGUGAUGACAUGCAGGGGCCAGAACUCACGUUGGCCUGACCCAUGGGGCUGGGAGCGCUGCAGAGACAGCAGUGCUGAGCCUGAUCCACGUUGGGGGGGAACAGAGAAUGGAGGACAAGGGACGUUUAUUGUCCUCUGGCACUCACCUGGUGUUGAAUUCAUGGCAAGGCACUGAGGGACUCUGGAUUGAGCUGUGUCCAGCCACUGCACUAUGGGCCCUUUGGGGGAUGGCAGUGUGGGGAAACAGGGGGAUCUUCUGUGCUCUGAGCGGGGUCAGUGGAGCCAGGCCAUACACAGAUCCUCUGGGGAUCAGCGCGGGACGGCUGGAUCCAAAUCUCUGCAAAGGUCCCACAACACCUCUAGACAAGCCGUGUGCUCCACUCUCCCUGCCUAUGCCCAGCAAUACAGUAGUCAGGGAGAGCAGAGGGUGGGCAGAGUGUGCACCCAUGCCUGCCAGCCACCUCCAUGAGCUCUAAUUUCAGCCUUCCUGGCCCCAGCAUGGCCUCUUUAAGGCUGUGGCUGGCGAUGGACUCAUCUUAGUCUU